GCGAACGAGCACAGUGAUGGCGUGAGUUGAACCUAUUGGCAAAAAGAAAAGUUUAUCAUCUUUAAUUUGGCCACGAAAGUGUAAUUAAUCUGAUAAGACUAACAGACGUCACUGCGAAUGUCACACAAACUUCACCGUCUGAUGUGGUGUGUGUAGCCUGAUUGUGUGAAAGCUGAGAUAUGGCCGUAUUUCGCGGUGGUCUGAGGUGGUCCUAAAAUGUACACAGUAACGCAGACGAGGCUGAAGCCCAGCCUCCUACGCCUCUCAAUGCCAGGGCCAGCCUCCUACACCUCUCACCGCCAGGGCAAGCCUCCUACACCUCUCACCGCCAUGGUCAGCCUCCUACACCUCUCUACGCCAGGGACAAGCCUCCUACACCUCUCACCGCCGGGGGCCAGCCUCCUACACCUCUCACCGCCAGGGCCAGCGUCCUACACCUCUCACCACCAGGGACAAGCCUCCUACACCUCUCACCGCUGGGGGCCAGCCUCCUACACCUCUCUCCGCCAGGGGGCAGCCUCCUACACCUCUCUCUGCCAGAGGCCAGCCUCCCACAUGCCCUUUUUUAGCCACUUUAUCUAGACUGACCUCCCUUGUUUUCUUCUGGAACCGGCUUUCAAUUCAAUUCAAGUUUACUUGUAUAGCGCUUUUUAAAAUGAUGUUGUCAUAAAGCAGCUUUACAGAAUUUUGAAAACAUACAGUUAC